AUGUUGGAUACAACACCUUCAGUCCGAUCGGAAUACCAGCACCUUAAUGAAUGCAUUGGCGCUGUGGAUGGGAAGCUAAUUGUAAUUCAAAAGCCAUCCUUAUUUGGUAACAGCUGGUUGGAUCAGCACAGCAAUGUCUCUAUGGCUCUUAUGGCUGUAUGCGAUCACAAAAAAAGAUUUACAGAUAUAAGAGUUGGAUUGGCCAUCCUAGAGAGCUGUUUUGUGAUCCAAGAUCAUACAUUGUUGGAGCCAGAAUCAAUGGCAAAAGUCAUAACUACAUGUUGCAUUUUGCACAACAUGUGUAUCACCUUUGGCAACAGCAAAGUAUAUCUCGAAGAGCUAUUAAGAGCAGACGGUGCCAGCUUUGAGGCACAUGAUGCUGACAAUGAUGAUGAGGAUUUUGAAGAUCCAUAUGCUGAAAUGGAUAAUUCUUGUAUAGAGACUGAAACUGCUUCUGAGAGAAGAUUUAGACGUGAUCAAGUGAAAGAUACUCUUUAA